CAUAUACCGCUGCAGUCCUUUAAACUGAUCACAGCUUACCCUGGCUGCUGCAAGAAUCUCGAGUCAAAACGAAUCACUUCUCUGUGCACCCCGACGCAACACACUAAAGGAUUAUGCAUUUAGUCAGAGGCAAAGGCUAAGUCUAACAGCGAAGCAUCGCAUCAUUUUGCCACAAGAAAAACUGGCUCCAGGGAACGGAAUAAACAAAAUUCCUUAAGUUCUGCCUGCAGAAAUAAACGGAUGAUCCCUAUAUUUUUUAAAGAAAAACUUUUCCAUUUUAUAAUUUCCUCCCCAGUCUUGGAUGUGCAUUUGUUUUGUUGUCUCUUGCCCACCGGAGGGAGGGAGUGAAGAAAGAUUUAUUUUCAAUUUCCUUGUGACAGGAGUCACGAUAAUAACACACCGGGAGCCACGAAAAGAACACAACGUUUUUUCGCAUUUAGCAACAUUUUCAGCAUACUUUUUCUCCAAAAAAAUCUCUCAAUGCUUUACCAGAUAUUAUCAGCGUGCACAAUAAACCGAUCGUGAGAAAGUGACCAGUUCAAACUCUGGAGUUGCACUGAAUACACAAAUGCCGGGGAUCAAUACAAACACGCAACGAUAUGAAAACUGGGCGAUGGAAUACGAUCGCUAUCAGCAUUAUUUCUAUGAUGACCACGAGACGGAUGAAGACUUUUAUAAAUCCACUGCACCAAGCGAGGACAUUUGGAAAAAAUUCGAACUGGUACCAACCCCGCCCAUGUCACCCAUCAGAAUUCUUGAAGGUGGUGGCGGCGGCAACGUGUAUCCUUCGCCAGGUGAUAAACUGGAGUGGGUAACCCAGGUCUUGGGACAGGAAGAAGAACAGGAGGGACAAUACAAAAUCGACACCGAGGAGAUUUUUGGAAACCUAAGUUCCAUUAUUAUUCAAGACUGCAUGUGGAGCGGCUUUUCUGCAAGCCAUCAGCUGGAGAAAGUUGUCAGUGAGCGUUUGUCUGGUUCGGCGCUUACGAAACUACCCCUCACGCUCCAGGCUGGUACAAACCAGUCGAACAAACCCCAGUUCCCUCACCAGGACGCGCCCCUUCUUAGCACUUUGGCUACAGAUUGCGUGGACCCAGCGGCUGUUCUCACCUACCCAUUCAGUGGGAGCUGCAAAAAACAGGCGUCAUCUGGGUCAGAGUCUCGUACCGACUCUUCCGAAGACGAGGAGAUCGAUGUAGUGACGGUGGAGAACAAGCAGAACAAGUCGCGGCUGCUGAGCGCACGCAAGCCGGUGACCAUAACCGUGCACGCCGACCCCCACGACCCCUGCAUGAAGCGCUUCCACAUCUCCAUCCACCAGCAGCAGCACAACUACGCCGCCCCGUCACCCGACGGCUACCCCGACACGGACCCGCCCAGGAAGAGGGCCAGACAGGAGCCGGCCCACCCCCAGCACCACCCCGCCGGCUCGCCCUCCGCCUCCCCGGAGAAAAAGCCCUCCCCGGCCCCGGUCAUGGAGCCCUCCUCACCCCUGCCCCAGGUCCACUCUCCCAAAUCCCAGCCGAGCAGCCCGCAGAGCUCGGACUGCGAAGACACGGACAAGCGCAAGACCCACAACUACCUGGAGCGGAAGAGGCGCAAUGACCUGCGCUCCCGCUUCCUGGCCCUGCGGGACGAGAUCCCGGGCCUGGUGGACUGCCCCAAGACGCCCAAGGUGGUGAUCCUGACCAGGGCCAGGGAGUACCUGCGGCAGCUCCACGCCAACGACAAGCACAAGGCCCAGGAGAGGAAGCAGCUCAAGUCGCGGCAGCUGCAGCUACUGAGGAAGCUGGCAGACUUAAAGCGUUCCUAAAAAAAGAUCAGGCACGGGACUUCAAACGGGUGAAUCCCACUCUGCUUUUACACACACGCCACUGUUGGGCAAGAGGGGAGGUGGAGAAACUUACACAUCUAUACUUUCUUUGUGUGAAGGGGUGAAGGGAAGGUUUUCUUUUUUUUUGCACAUUUGCUUCUGAUCAUCUGAAGAUACCAACACAAAUGGGGAUGGAGGACCACAGUGUGUGUCAGUGGGCAAUUAAUAUUUCAUUGCUUCUGUAUAAAAAGAAAUGGACGCUGACAUGAAAUUCAUUCAGAUUCCACAAGUGAUUCUGACUUGUUGAAAUGAUUAUGAAUUAAAGUCCGAAAGGAGUCCACAUGUGCCAAUGGGGAAAUAAUUUCAAGAAUGUAAUUAAGACCGGGAGGAAUUGGCAUCGUUGUUCUUCUGUACCUUUUGUCAUGUUUGGAGAAUAGUGUGUAAAUGCAUUUUGCCAUCUAUUCCAUGAGCAUUCUAUAUUUGAAGACAUUUCUUUAAACCUGUGUUAUUCCAUCUAUGUACUAGUGGAAUGACACAACUCAGCAUUGCUGUGUGUAUAGACAUCAUCAAGUUAUCAAAUAGAUGUACAUAACUGUGACAAACUCUGUAUAUAUAAGUUUCUGUAAAUAGUUUUUCUUUCAGAUUUCAAGAACCAAAAUCAAAACUGUUGACUUCUUUUCUAUGUUUCCCUUGUUUUCUCAAAGUUGGUCAGCCCAGCAGGUUUCCCAAGAAUAUUGCAAAGCUUCUAUUUUUGUUAAAAAAAAAGAUAAAAUAAAAAUAAAAUGACACUAUUGUACUUUACUUUGAUCACACUAGCCACUUUGUGAUGCUGUUUUCUCACUGCCUGUACUUACUUUUCUUGGUUGUUUAUUGAUUUGUAUACAGUGUUUGAAAUGCAGAAAGAUUUAUACUAUAUUUUCCUACAACAUUCAUUUUUGUGUGUAACAGUAAGACUCAUUCUGCGCCCAUCGCUAUGUUAGCGCUUCACAGGUGGUGUAUGAGGGGCUGUGGUCGUUGUGUAUUUGUUGUGGUCUGAUGGUUGCUGUGGGAGGGAUCGAUGCUAUGCUGUGUUCAUUGGCUCAGACUUAGAAUUCAGAAAAGCACUGUAAUACAUUGCCAGGCCUCUGGAAAAUAGACUGUAGGGCCCAAGCAUUUCACACACAAUGCUCCAAAAUGUAACUUUUGCACAAUCCAGUCACACAGCCAUUCACAGGAAAAGUAUGGAUUUGAAGAUCUAAGAGCUAUUUGCUAACACACAACCUCAGCCUGCUUUGGUUUUGUGUAACUAACUUCUGUGCUGGCAGUUUACAGUAUGCAGGUAAACUACCUCUUGUCUACACAGAGGUAUUAUUGAAUUGCGUCUAUCAUAGUGAUACCUAAGCUUUUGAAAUUUUACCGAAAUGUAGAUGAUGGCACUUUUUCGGCAGGGUUUUUGUGUUUUUGGGUGGGAGGCAGGGCUGUUUAUUUGGAGUAAUAUAGCUCUUGCCACAGCUACACUUCUAAAGCUUUGGUUUAUUUGUAGUGCAGCAAGAAUAUGUUUCAGAGCAUCCUUCUCCAAAUUAAUUCCAUACAUGAAAUACCUGGCUUAUUUAGGCUCCUUCAGCUGACAAAAGUCAAUGGUUAUGCCACUUUCUAUGUCUACAGUUCGUGCAGCCCAAUUUCCAUCUCACAAGCUAGCUUUUGGAGCACCAAAACCUUGCUUGAUAUUUUGGAAGGAGGGCCACCUUCCUGUUUCUUCUACUUUCUUAUUCCAGCAUAUGCCCCCACACCAGUGUGUUUUCUUUUCCUUGUGCUAUGUGGGAAGAGUACACCCUUAGGAAAGACUGUUUUGAUCAUAUUUUUUUGUGUUGUUUUGUCAUUUGUCUUUGCAGUUGGCUUGUUUUAUAUUUGCAGCUUGAAUGUUUGAGUGUAGAAUGGCUGCAACCUCAAAUUAGCACUUUGUGUUCAGUACCUCAUAAGAUUAUAAACAAAUCAGACAAAGAAUAAAUUCAAUUUCAAAAAGA